AUGGAUGAUGCUGUGGAAAAAUUUAAUCAGAUGGUUGAUCAAGGAGUAGCACCCAAUAUGUCUACUUACUAUUGCCUGAUUCAAGGUUUUUGUAUUCAUGGUGGUUUGCUGAAAGCCAAGGAAUUGGCAUUGGAAAUGAUGACUAAAGGUAUGCAUCCUGACAUUGUUUUCUUCAGUUCGAUAAUAAACAACCUUUGCAAAGUGGGAAGGGUAUUGGACGCACAAAAUAUAUUUGACUUAACUGUAAGUAUUGGUAUGCAUCCUACUGUUAUGGUGUAUAGUACGCUGAUGGAUGGGUACUGUCUAGUUGGCAAGAUGGAGAAAGCAUUAGAAGUAUUUGAUGCUAUGGUGUCAGCUGGCAUUCAACCAAAUGUUGUGGUGUACGGUACACUCGUUAAUGGCUAUUGUAAAGUUGGAAGGAUCGAUGAAGGGUUGAGUCUUUUCAGAGAAAUAUUGCAUGAGGGAAUGAAGCCUUCAACUAUUUUAUACAACAUCAUACUUCAUGGAUUAUUUCAGGCUGGGAGAACAGUUGCUGCAAUGGAAAUGUUCCAUGAAAUGGCUGAAAGCAGAAUCUCAGUGGACACAGAUACAUACAGGAUAGUUCUUAGUGGACUUUUUAAAAACAGUUGCUCUGAUAAAGCAAUCUUGCUUUUCAAAGAACUACAUGCAAUGAAUGCAAAGAUCGAUAUAAAAACUCUCAAUAUCAUGAUAUCUGGAAUGUUUCAAACCAGGAGAGUUGGAGAAGCUAAGGAUGUGUUUGCUUCAAUCUCAGGAAAUGGACUGGUGCCUUCUGUUGCGACAUACAGUGUAAUGAUGACAAAUCUUAUAAAAGAAGGAUUGGUGGAAGAGGCAGACGAUAUGUUUUCAUCCAUGGCGAAUGCUGGCUGUGAUCCUGACUCCCGAUUGCUGAAUCAUGUGGUUAGGGAAUUACUAGAGAAACGUGAAAUAGUCAGGGCUGGAACUUACCUGUCGAAAAUUGAUGAGAGGAAUUUCUCACUUGAACAUUCAACCACAACGUUGCUGAUUGAUCUCUUCUCAAGCAAAGGGAUUUGUCGGGAACAGAUAAGAUUUCUUCCUGCAAAGUAUCAUUUUCUUGCAGAUGCCAGCCCAUACUGA